GGUUGUGCGAGAUUGAAGUUGUUUGAGUGAGGUGUGUUUCAGGAAUUGAAAUGAGUAUCCAUUAGCAUGAUGGCAGGAACAAAGCAUUCAGUUCCCACAUCCAAAAAGAAAUCUAUGAAAAGGCAUUCACUGCCUUAUGGCCCACAAAAGAGAGUGGAACAGCAGAGAAGAGCAUCUACAUCAACUGCUAGGUCAGAUGAGGCAAAGGAAGAAAAGGUUACAGGUGGAAUGGAUCACCUGAAAUGUGGGCGUUGUGGAUCAGUUUUUCACACACUUACUACCUUUAUUAAUCACAAGAGUAUUGGUUGUCGGCCAAAAAAGCCAUCAACUUUUUCAUCUAAAGCAGAGAAAUACAACAGUAGCCAGAAACUUAAAGCUGAAGGCUUACCUGAAAGAACAAUGGUCCAAUCACAUACUGUCAAAAAACCUUCAGUUACAGUUUCUUCGAUGAAAAAGACUGCAACUGAUGCUGCAAAGAGAUCUCCUUCUUUGAAAGCUGGCAUGAAAGAGUCUUCAUCUGUGAAUAAUGAUGUGAAAAGUUCGAUCAAUAGUGAACGCCAAGUUAGAAUCUCUAAGUUAACCCCAAAGAUGUUGGCAUUACAGCAAGAAAAAAUUAAGUCAAAAAUGGGUAUUUCUUUUCCUCGGAAAAUUUCAUCAACACCUGUGCUUAUGGAGACAAGGUCACCUGGAGUGCCCCAGAAGAGUUCCAAGCCAUUCUGUGGAGAAUGUGAAGGUUGUUUACGUCAGGAAGACUGUGGUGAAUGUGUCAUGUGUUUGGAUAAGAAGAAAUUUGGUGGUCCAGGUAGGAUGAAGAAGAAGUGUUUGCUAAAAUUGUGUGCAGAAUUGACAAUUAAUCGUGUGUAUCAGGUAGAAAAAGUACUUGGAAAGAGGUUCCACAAUGGACAGCUCGAGUAUUUGUUAAAAUGGAAAGGGUACCCAAAUUCUGAAAACUGCUGGGAACCAGAAGAGAAUAUCCUCAGUAAGAACUUGAUUGAAGAAUUUGAGAAUCAGAAGAAAUGUGAAGGCAAAGGAAAGAUUGUAGAUGGAAAAACAAGAGAGAGGACUUCCCUAGAACCUGCUAGUAAAAUGACAAAAACUCCUCUUAAGAAUUUCAAAGAUAAGGUUGAGUCUCCUGUCCAUCUUUCCAAAAGCAUCAAAAUAUCCAACAAAAAAGACAAGGAGGAAAUAGCUUCUAAUGUAUCUGUUAGCAGUGUUACCAAGACAGCAACAAAACGCCCGAGGGAGAAGUCAUCAUCUCCUGAACCUGUUGUUAAAAUAAUCAAACUAGAAGUGGAGGAAUCUUCAAAAGAAAUUGAAGAGAAUGGAGAAGUCCAGGAACCAGCCAAUCAAAGCUGUACUACUCUUGAAGAAAUCCAACCUCCUAAACCUCAAACUACUCAGGAAAACAUUGAUGUUGAACAAGAAAUCAGGGAACUAAUAAGAAAAAAAUCUGCAUGGAAAAAGUUUAAAGCUUCAAAAAACACUGAUUUGGAAGUCGACCAAGAAGUAGGAGAGCCAUCCAAAACACAAGAUUCAGAUCAAAAUCCUAAAGCUGUUAUGUCUGAUGAUACCAUGAUAGAAAAUGAAAAUAAAGAUAGCAAACAAGAAAUAAUGGUAAAAAAGAACACUUUUUACAAGCAAAUUGGCUUGCAGCAGUUGGAGAAAAAACCAGGUAGAGGUCGUCCCAAAGGAAGCAGAAAAGUUGGGAGGCCCAGAAAAAGUGAUACAGAAAAAUUUCAAGGAGGACGAAUUACAAAAAUGAAACAAAAACUAUCAAUAAUGAAAAAACGGAAAUCUUUUCAUGGAUUGAAACCAUUGCUUAAUUCAACUUCCAUAUCUAAAGCAAAUAAUUCAUCAUUGGGUGGGGACAGUAAUGAAAGUUUCAGAUUCAAAGAGCUUGAUAAAAAUGGAAACACAGUAACAAGUACAAAAGAAGAAAGCAUCACUGAUACAGAACAGCUGAUUUCUUCAGAAAGUGAGGGUCGAAGUAGACGUUCCACUAGUCUUGCUGCAAGAAAUUUUAUCAAAUCUGUGUGUCGCAGGAUUCAAAACACAAAAAAACUGGAAAGAAUUUGGGCUGAUAAUGAAAAUAAACUUCUUCAUAGACGGUUUUUAGAAGAUUCAUCAGGCAGUGAAUGGGAGGAUGAAGAUGAAGAUUAUGAGGUUAUCUCAAAUGAUUCUCAACAUAAAUCUGAUGAAGACAGUAAUUUACAAAAGAAAGAACCAAUGGUGAAUAGUUUGCAGUUACUGGAAAACUUUCAUAGAAAACCAUUUUCUUUUCUUUUACCUGAGAGCUACAGAUCUGGUUUGUUUGGUCACAGUGGAAGAUAUCGUGGAAUGAGAAAUUUCCCAAGCAAACUAGACCGCCUACGGAUGUUUUACAACAUACAAAACCUUCCUGAUUCUCUGAAAAAGAAACCUGGAAGAAAACCUAAAUCCUUUUUCCAAAAUCAACCUCGUAGCUUUUUUCAUGGGAUAACAGUUCGUGGAAGAGGUAGACCAAGAAUUAGAACUAGUUUUUUGGGUAGAAUUUCUCACUGUGGUGUAGGUGACUUUAGAACAAGUGUUGGUCUAUCUCAAAGAGGGUUAUGGACCAGUAGAGGUAGACGUGGAAGAGUUAGAGGAUUAAAACGUGGAGUAGGAAUUUGGCGUAGUGGUAUGGUAGGGAUAGGAGAGUCAGAAAAAACACUAGAUGAGACACCAAAUGCAGAGGGUAAUACUAGGUUAGUAACACAGUCUUCUGGACCUGUGAUGAUAUCUGUUGUUCAGGGCUUAGCUCAAGGCCAAAGGAGAGGCAGAGGAAGACUGGGACUGCAAGGUGGUAUUAGACGACAGCAUGUCAUCAUUGGACCUCACAAAAGAAGAGGACGACCACCAAAAACAGAGUCAAUCAUGCGUGUGGUUCAACCCACUACUAUGGAUGAAAAUCAGGCAGUUGAUUUUACUGAGGGAUUGUCAGAAAAUACCCAAGAACGUUUAGGAACACCAGCAUCAUUGUUAAAGAGAAAACGAGGAAGACCUCGUAAAUAUCCACAGUAUAUUUCAAAAGAUUACAAGUUCUUUGGUGAUGCUGCUCAGUUUGCUCCAGGUCAGAAAAGUGAUUCGGAAGAGUUAAUCCAACAACCUGUUAUAAAAAGAAAACGAGGAAGGCCACCAAAAUAUCCAUCUUUGAUCCAGCGAAGUAUUUGGACAUCAAGAAUGGGCUUGCCACCAGAAGAAGAAGGGGCUACUAAUUGGCAUGGAAGAAGACAAAAUAGGAUAUUUGUGGUAAUGCCUGAUUCUAGCAUUGUGGAGGUUAGAGGAACAGACACCGUCAAAGCUGCAGACAUAGCUGCCAGUAAAUUGGAAGCAAUAAAAAGAGGAGAUCUUGGACAGGGUAUCAAAGGGCCAUACAAGACACGACCAAAACUAGAAGAAUGUACACUUGAUACAGUAGAUCAUACAUCAACAUUAAAACUUCCAAACACCAUUCAGUUAGUAGAAAGUGAACUACCUUUGGAAGAGGCUGACAAUGCAGAGAGACUGGUGGGAAUGUUCUUAUUUCGUCAAGUAUAUUCACCUAAUGAGACAACUCUGAGAUGCCUUUUCUGCAGAGAUAAAUACUCUUUUCGCUUCCAAGUAGAUCUGGAGAAGCACUAUCACUGCAUUCAUGAGCUUGCUGUGCAUAAUACUAAAGCAGACUUUAGUGAGGAUAUUGUGUUUGUCUGUGUUCCUUCUGAUGUAACAGAGGAAACCACUCUGAACUCUGCCUGUAGGUUCUGUGAAAUCACCUUGAAGACGCUAAAUGAGGUGCGAGAACACUACCCUAUUGCCCAUGAUAAAGCAGUUCGCCUUGUUCCAGAGUCUGCAGUGAUAAACCUCGGAGAGUCAUUCUACUGCAGCAUAUGCAGCCAGCCUUCUGUAGACUUUAUUGAUCACCAUGACCACAUGAAAAGUGUCCAUCAUAUGCAAACUUAUGUUUGUCGUUUUUGUAAUUAUUGUACUUCUCGACCUAAUCGUUUGCGGAGUCACUUUAAGCAGCGCCACUUUGUUGAUGAUAUUCUUCAUGUGACAAAAGCAUAUGGCGGUUCAAUCUCUCCUUUCCUAGGGCAUAAACUUGACAAACAGGACACUGCAGGAAAACUUUUUAUCAUAUCUCUUAUGAACCUUUUAUUAGGCCCUGAGACAUGGUCAUGCGCAAAAUGUCUUCAACCUUGUGGUGAUGUCCGAGAACUUACCAGCCACAUUGCAGAGUGUCCUUCCCUUCACACUGAAACAACUACUUGGAGUACUGAAACUAAUGCCUUUGGAAUAGUUGGAAAAGGAAACGUAUUCUAUAAGUGUAAUCACUGCUCCCUCACUUUCUCUACUGAAGAUGAAGUUAAGAAACACAUGGAUGAUGGCAACCAUCUUCCUCCUGGACAAUCUGAGGAAGUUGUAGGUCAUCCUGAGAUAUCGGAACUUGGUGGUGGUGGUGAAGAUGGAACAACCUGCUUUGUCUGCUGUAUGCGGUUUCCAACAGCACUAAUGUGUCGCCAACAUCAACAUCACGUUCAUAUGAGAUGGGUGAGCAAAGAGACACCAGACUAUUCUGAAGAAGAGAUGCCAGAACUUUGCAAUGGAAACUAUCAAGACAGUGAAAUCUCAGAAAGUGAAAUCUUUAAGAAAACUAGUGAUUUUCAGCCAAAUAUUGUGCCUAGUGCAUCUUCCACUGAACUGGGUGAAGAGCCUAACUUAGCUGAUCAACAACAAGAGGCUAGCCAUGCUGCUGUAGAUAGUCAGGAAAACAAUUUUCAGCAGUCAUUGAUGAUCCCAGUUGAUGAUCAAACACCUGAGAUUCUGAAUGUACAGGCUGUGACCACUGAUCAGCUUAUGGAUCAGCCAUCUGUAAAUCCUGAAACCUUCACUGAUGAACAGUCUUUAUUUACUGUAAACAUUGUUGAUCAACAGCCAAUGAACAAUAAAACCUUAACUGAUGAACAGUCUGUUACUUCUAACAACAUAACUGAGCAAAGGCUAGAAGAUAGUGAUAAUAUGACUGAACAAUGCUCAACUCUCACUGAGAACACAUGUGAUAAACAGUCUAUGGACACUCAGAAUGUUAGCAAUCAGGAUUGUCUAAGUACACCUGGUGAACAGUUCAGUAUCACCGUAGACAAUGAUGGUGCAGGAGAUGCCACAUUAAACCCGUGUGAAAAACCCAGAAAUAGAUUAAUUACUAUCCAAGACCUGCCUACUGAUAAGGAACUAGCAGAGCUAGGCUUUCCAGCCAAGGUGGGCCAUUACUGUCAUCAGUGUGAUGCUGUUAUCAAAAGUUACCCUCUGUAUUACAUGCACAUGCACAAUGUACACAAGUUAGAAAAACGAUUCCAGUGCAUUAUCAGUGAAUGUAAACAGACAUACCGUAGUCCAGCAGCCUUUCAACAUCAUGCUCUUCGCCACAACCAGAAGUCAGAAAGUUUCUGUAGCAUGUGUGAUAUGGUGUUUGGAAGUGAAGAAGACCUUCAGGAUCACAUGUUUAGUCCAAAACAUGCUACCAAGUAUAUUACAACACAGGAAAAGUAUAAUCGAUGUGAACCUCGAAACUACCGUUGCAAAGUUUGUCAUAAUUGGUUUGGACUUUUUGCAACUUUUGUGAAGCACAUGGAAACUGAGAGUCAUCAAUACCAGUGUAUGCACUGUGGACUGUUGUUUGUUCAACCUGGUCCACGUAGAAAUCAUAUUCAGAGUUUUCAUCCAGAGAUGGCUAAUGUUUGUGAGAUAUGUGGCAUCAAAUUGUCUCAUCCUCAAGCACUUUGGAGUCACUUGUCCUUACACAGUAUAGUUCACGAGUGUCACAAGUGUCAACGACGUUUCCUCCAGAGGGAGCAGUUGGUAGCUCACAUGGAAAUACAUGCUCCCCCUGUUUCUUGUCCUUGGGAAGGAUGCACUAGAAAGCUGUCAUCUAAAGUCGGCCUGUACAAUCACCUGAGAAUGCAUCGUGGAGAAGCUGAUUUUAAAUGUUCACAUUGUGGUAAAGGUUUCUUCAAAAGAAGUAUGUUGAAGAGUCACAUGAAAAUUCAUCAACAGUCAUCAAGAAACACCAGAAUGAUAAUAACUCCCAUGCCCACCAACCAUCAAGAAAUGUGGACAGAAGUCCAAUUAGGUGACCUUCAAAUUGACCAGGGUCAGCAGGAGCAAGCAGUCAGUGGAGUUGAGAUGAUUCAGUUGAUUUGUGCCAGCUGUCUGAAUGGCUUUGACUCUGAAGAAAACUUUACUAAGCACAUUUGCACUGGACAACACAAUACUGACAAUAUUGUAACUGAUGAGGCAACUCUUGGAAAUGGAGAAGAGCAGCAUGUAAUUAUUCAAACAGUACCAGACCUUGGAGAUAAUUUAACCCAGGAAACCAUGAAUAUUAAUCAGGAAGACUUAACAGCCAAUUUAAUAAGAAGGGUUACUGAAGAAGGAGUGACUAUAUCAAUGGUGGCUGGUGAAAAUAUUGAAGCAGUGGAUACUUUGCCUCAUGAUGGCCAUAUUCAACAACCUAUUCAAAUCGAAGCUAUUGGAGAAGAUGGAGAGACCCAGAAUGUAUCUGUGUUGGCUGACAGUUCAGGAUCUGUAGAGAGUAAUCUUGGCCUUCUUAUGUCCAUGAUGCAGGCCUCUGGCCAAGUCACAUCUGUAGAAAUCCCCCCUGAUCAUGUUGAUAUGUCAAGCUUAGUAGUCAGUAGUGGUUGUCAUCUAGAUCUCACUAAUAAUGAUACUACUGUAGUCACUGCUACUGAUAUGAGGGUGGCUUCAUCCGUGGUCAAUUCAUUAUCUUCAACAGAUGAUCAUAAUGUCCAGCAUAUGACUAUGGCUGAUCAAGAGAAUGGUCAGUCUAUAGUGAUGAUGGUAUCUGGGGAUGGUGAAGACUACCAACAACAUAUUCCAAUGGAAUUAAGUGGAGAACAUCCAUUCACAAAUGCAGCUGUGGUGAAUGUUCCCACUUCAGAUGGUGGUUCAAGGAUGCUAUUAAUUCCAAUAAACUCAGCUGAUGGUCAGAAUACUGUUCUUACCCUCCCUAGUGGAAUCACUCUUAGUUCUGAAGAUACCAAUUGUGGAAAUGUUAAUAUGACAGUAACCAUGGGGACUCCUAGUACCAUGGAAGAACCCAAAGCAGAUGAUAGUGAACAAACUUAUUUGACUCUGCCAAUGAUGGCAGAAAGUGAUGUUGAUGGACUUUUAGAGGCAACAUCUGACUCCACGUCACAGGGAAGUUUGGUAACAGUUGAACAGUUGGUGAUCCCUCCCCCAGACCCUAGUUAGCCAUAGUGGUGGUGACCUAUCAAACUGCACGUUAACACUGAGUAGUUAGAUAACCACUGAGAACUGUGUUGCAUUACCUGACUUAUUUUAUAUCUGUUUUUAACCAUCAACAGUUAAAGGUUGCUAAAGAAAGAGCUCAUUUUUAUAGACUCAGCAUGCAUUUGUACCUUGUUCAUUGUUAAAAAAAUACAUCAUUUUGUACAGGCUAGUUUUUUUCUCGUCAAAUACCGAAAUGUAAGACAUUUUUUUCAUGCGUUUUGUUUAUUUUAAUCUGACCUUACAAAGCUUUAGUUGUAAAUGUUAGUUUGAACAUAAAUUUCACUAUUGUAUCACUUCCGGAUGAGCACAAAACCUCAAUUUGUCUUUCUUUUGUUUUUUAAAGGUAAAAACAUGUUAUCAUCACUUUCAUAUAUUCUUUGGAAGAAUACCUUCAAGUUUUGUAGGACUGACAAAUAACAAAGUGUUGUAUAAAUAAAAGUUGAUACAUUU